AUGAUGUUGUCUUCGUUUCUUUGUCCUCUCCACUCUUCCGACCUCUCUUUCCCUUCUUCCGGUCAAUUGAUCGAUGUCCUGCCCACCGUCUUCAGGGUCCUCACCGUGGUGUUUGUCCUCGAUUGGGUCUCUGGGCCCCGUCCAUCCAUCCAAGAUUCCCGCUUUGGGGCGCCCGCACUUUCCGCCUUGGCCUUUGCUUCGGGACCUGUCCAAAUUGGCCCGUGGGGUAUCACGACCUAUCAAAGGGGAAUGAAUAUCCUCUGCUGCAUCAUCGGUGUUUUCGCAGCCUGCCAGCAUCGACGAUCACUACUUGCAGUCUUUGCCACCACAAAUUUUAUAUCUUUCAUCUACAAUCUGCUCCUUCUUUUCUGGUACGAAGGAGUGUUCCCAACGACCAGCCACUACGCGUUGCUCCUCUCGUUUGGGUUGCCGUUCUCAUUUUCAUUUUUCUUAAAGUACACGCCGGGAUGUUCAUCACAUUUCGAUUUGAAGAACUCGUACUGGGUCCAAGACGACUGCCUGAUCCCGUUCGUCCAUCUCGAAGCGGCGCAGUCCGUAAUUCACGGCGUGCUGGCUCUUACCUGCCUAAUUACGACUACGGUGGUCCUAUGUACCCCGAAGAAGCGGAAGCGGAAGAGCAAAUCGGCCUCACUUCCAACCGUUAGCGCGGAAAGUGUCGUAUCUGGAGAUAUCGAAAAAAGACCUCGAUCUCGUGCUCCAACUCGAUCACUGCCAGAUUCGGGCUCCUCCGUACGUUCCGGAUACGUCAAUUCAUCCUAUGAUUCUCGUGAAGAUGUAUCGGCUGUGAGAAGUGCUCCGAAUUAUCGGAUGCCACCUCUGAAUAACCAUCCCAUUCAAGCGUUUCCUAACGAGAACUAUGAAGAUGUUGAUCCGGAGCCACCCCAACGUCAGCCUGCCGCUUCACAACUACAGUACUCCAAGCGGAAAUCGAAGGGACAAUCGAGGGUGGUGCAAGAGGAGAGGGAUGAGUCAUUCUGCUCCUCCUCCACCACGGGCACGAUCCCCUCCCUGCACUCGCUCGUGUCCUUUGACCCCAAAAGCACCAACUAUCUCACGGUGCAAGAGAGGAUACCCACCGACGAUAGCGAGACGGAAGGCCCGUCGACGUCUUCGGGAUCACAGCAGAGUGACGAUUAUGAGGUGGAGGAGGUGAAGGUUGAGGCUCCGCCACCACCUGAUGCUCAAUAUUCGAAGGUGAAGAAGAGGCCGAAGAAGGAACCUCCAGAAGCGUCAUUUGAAACUCCCCGUAGUGCUCGGGAUGAAAUCCCGGCGAAGCCCCGGGAGACCAGGGACCGUGACUACGAUCAGGAGCACGAGGACCCGGCCUACGAGCGGAUAUCGGCAUAUCGACGCCUUGGCCAGGCAGCAGCCGAACGUGCUCGCGACCACCGGCAAGCGCUCGCAGGG